AUGCCCUUGUAUAUUUACAUUGACGAAAGCGGAAAAUUACAUCACGAGACAAAAUAUCAAAAUUAUACUGCUGCUGUUUUCACAAAUUCGGCAACUUUAAAAAAUUUUGAAAAACAAUUUUGCGAAGCAGUAAAAUUAGUUGCUGAGCAAAGUCCAGAAUUGGUGACGAAGGAGGGGAAAGAAAUUAAGGGCA